UGAGCUUCUCCAUCCCGGCUGCUGGACAUAUCCGGGUGGAAACACACACUUUUCAUGAACGUGGCACUACUAGUUGCCAAAUUCUCGUCCCGGACGUUGUACACCAAUAAACACCGAUACCUGCUUGCAAGUGCAACACUCUCUCACUCUCACUUCUCACUACUCCACGCUGUGAUACCGUGUCCCGCUUAGGUUUUCCUCACUUGCCACCCCCUUGAGCCAACCAGACCGACAAGGGCUUCGGAGAGCCGGCCAUGUCAACAACCAACAACACCAACACCAUGGAAGGCAUCAUCCAAGGAUCCACUACCACAGGCUCAAGCAACGGCAGCGGUGGUCGCGUCAAGGAUCCUGUGCAUGAAGCGAACCUAGAGCGAACAAUUCGCGAACUCAAGCGAAUGACGGCAGAAGCCGAGGCGACUUUGAACGAGCUAAAACAAAACAUUGGCCAAAAUGGACCACCACCACCCCUCAACCCUCUCUCCUCCAUGCACCUCCUAACCCGCGCCUACACCUCCCUCGCCGAGUCGGACCCAACUCCCCUCCUCCCCUUCCCAGACUCCGUCCUCCCUGCCCUGCUCGCCAUCCGCAAAACCAGUCAAACCAUCACCCAAACCAACUCUUACCUAUCCUCUUCCUCCACCCUCCUUGACCAGCAAAAGCGCCAUCUCGAAAACUUGAAAACCGAAGUCCGCGAGCAGAAGGAGCUCCAAGAAGCUCUUCAGGCUCGCGUCGAAUUGCUCAGGAAAGGGAUGGAAGCAAAGAAGGAGAGGACGCCCGAGGAGCUAGCAAAAGAGGAACUGGAAAAGAUGGAAGAAGAGCGGAACAGAUACGACGAGGAGACCAAGAAGCUCAUCAGAGAACUAAACUGGUUCAUCGAGGAGUACCUUGGCCCGUUACUGGCAGCGGAGGAAAUGGGCGGGCCGGUGGUAGGAGAGAUGAUGGACUUGGAUGCCGAGGAUCUGGAGGCGGGAUUUAAUGCGAGGGGCAAGUUGAAGAAGGCCAAGGCGAAGAAGACGGAUCAAGAAGAAGAGGGGGAUGGAAGGCAGAGGAGGAUUGAUGAGAUUUGGGGUGCCCAGAAAGACCAGCAGGAGGGGAGACAGGGUACUGGCAAGAGAAAGAGGGAGAGGGAUGAGGCGAGUGCGGCGGGAGCGGAGAUGAGGAGUCUGAUUGAGAAACUGCUGAAUAAGAGCAUGGAUGCCGGAGGGGAUAGCUCGGCGGCCUAUGUGAAGAUUGAGCGGGAGACGGCGGCGGCGAGGUUUUUGGUCAGGAGCAAGGUGGCUGUUUUCCACCCGAGGGAUGCUACGAGGUUGAGGUUGGUGGAUUUUGGGAGGGAGUUGGAUGAUUAGGGCAUCCACAGUCAUGGAAGUCUAUCAUCGUGGAAUAUCCAAGGUAUCUGGCUCGAGUCGAUCUUUUUGAGGUUACAGACCUAGUCUUCCUUGGGCUUCAGCUUCAUCACCCUCUUCCUUUCUGUUGCCUUUACCUCAAGCCAUUCUCCCGGCAGGCAACGCACUGGCCAAGAGAU